CGUCUGUGGAGCGGCGGCGGCGGCGGCGGAUCCCGAGCCUGGUCCGGCCCGGCCUUCCCAGUGCGCUCGGCCCGGCCCGCGCAGGCGGCGAGUCCCCCGAGCCCCGGGCCCGGACCCCUCGCGCCGGUCCCUGCCCCGCGCGGCCUCGGAGCGCGCGCGGCCCCGCCCCGCCCCGGCCUCGGCCCGCCGGGCCCGCAGUGUGAGAGCACCUGCUCGCUGUGCCCCCGGGUUAUGACGACCCCCAAUAAAGGAAACAAGGCCUUGAAGGUGAAGCGGGAGCCGGGUGAGAAUGGCACCAGCCUGACGGAUGAGGAGCUGGUGACCAUGUCAGUGCGGGAGCUGAACCAGCACCUGCGGGGCCUAUCCAAGGAAGAGAUCGUCCAGCUGAAGCAGCGCCGGCGCACGCUCAAGAACCGCGGCUACGCUGCCAGCUGCCGCGUGAAGCGGGUGACGCAGAAGGAGGAGCUGGAGAAGCAAAAGGCGGAGCUGCAGCAGGAGGUGGAGAAGCUGGCCUCGGAGAACGCCAGCAUGAAGCUGGAGCUCGACGCGCUACGCUCCAAGUACGAGGCGCUGCAGACCUUCGCCCGGACGGUGGCCCGCAGCCCUGUGGCGCCAGCCCGGGGCCCCCUUGCCGCCGGCCUGGGGCCCCUUGUCCCAGGCAAGGUGGCCGCCACCAGCGUCAUCACAAUAGUAAAGUCCAAGACGGAUGCCCGAUCGUAGGGACGCGCGUCUGCCCAGGCGGGUCUUUGCGGGGCCACUAGGCACAUGGCGAAUUCGGCUGCCCUGUCCCUCUGUUUCCUUCUCUUCUCUUUCCUCCCUCUCUUCCCCGCCCUUCUCUCUUCCCUGCAAAGCACAACCUGUACCCCAGGGGCGCUGGGCUGAGCCCCUUUGAUCUCGUCAUUGUCGUCGUGUGUUUUGUAUGUUGGGAUUGGUCAGUUCGGCGGUGACGUGGGGUCGCCCCAACCCCUUUUGUACCAGGGCCAUGCAGGCUUGGAGUCCAGAGUUGGUGCUGUGGGAAUGGACUUGAGAGAGUUGUGGGAGAGAGAAGAAGCAGGCAGGCUGGGCCUCGCAUGUCCCCGAGCAGUGAGGGUCCCAGUGUUCCCUCCACUCCCGAGUGGCCACAGGCUCGCGGCCUGGGAAGGAUUCACUCUCUUUAGCCCCAGGAGAGCAGCUCAGCUUAGCCCAGCACGAAGAGAUGGGCUCUGCUCUGAGAGCAGGGCGGGCUUGAAGGCCCUGAUGGGUGGACCACCAGCCUGGGUGCAGUGGUGCUGGGGGCGUGCAGCUGGGCCCAGGGGCUGUGCGCUCAGGCCUGACCCGUUGCACUGAACAAGACCAAAUUGCUGGUUGUGCUCUUAACGUGAGGGUGAGUCCAGUGUGCCCUGCGAUGGGUCCUGUGUCACUGUUUACAUGACCUAUUUGUGUGGUUAUAUAGCCCUUUAUUUAAAAGAGAGAAGUUCCUUUUACAAAGUUAUUAAAUUAAUUAUAUGUUUAAAAGUUAAAGAAAAAAAGAGCUGCAGAGUAUUUAUAAAACUGUCUUUUAGAAAAAAAACAAGCAGGAAGACCAUUUGACCAUAUAAAUGGAAAAGGGAAGAAAGUAUAAUAGAAACUUUGCUAGUUAAAAAAAAAAGAAAAAAAAAACAAAAAAAAUCCCUUUCUUGUAAACUUACGGACACCUCUUUGUGGCUGUUGGAGUUUAGUUUUUAUAUACACAGAGUUAUCAGACAUUAUUUAUAAAACUUAGUUUAAAAAAAAGACAAAAAAAAAAAAAGCCAAGCCGUGAGCCGACCAGAAGGCCGUCCUCUUUGAUAUCUUUUGCAAUUGUACCGAAAGUGACUUACUCCUCUGCCCUUCCUGCUUCCGUCUCUUGCCGGUGCCGUGGUGUCGUCCGUGCCUGGUGAGGUUUUGUGCAGCGGUAAAGUGCUGGUGCUUCUGGUGACCUUUGACCUGUGGGUGUCACUUCUUGUGUCUGUUUUCCCGUGUUCGUUUUUUGGGUUUAGUUGUGCUUUUGCUUCUGCUGGCUUGCUGGACCUGGGCUGGGGUGCCCAGUGGCGCCUGCUGCGUCAGAGCUCAAGGAGUCUGUGCCCACCACCAGAUCCUGGUCCCUAGGAGGUGAGACGUGGGGUUCUGUCAUGCCUCCCCCACUGAGCCUUGGCUACAUCUGUGUCUAGGGCUUGGGCUGAUCCAGUGGUGGAGUAGGUGAAACUGGGGUCCCUUGGGGCCCCCCACACUGCUUCCACACCCACCACCUCUGGCCUUAGGUGGUGGCGUUGCAGGGAUGAAGGAGUCACUGUGGGUGGCCGCAGGGCUAUGGCCAAGUGUUCCCUGGCCGUCUUCCUCUGGCCUCAGCUUUGUUCCUAUAGGCUGCCCACGCCGUGGGCUGCAGGUCUCGCUGCCCGCUUGAACCCUGAGGUGUUUCCAUGCUGCGGAUGGUGCUUCCAGGCAGAGUGGGUGGGGGCCCACCGGGGGCAGCCCUUUCUUCCUUGUCCCUGCCUCACUCUGAGAGCCUUUGGGGGGGUCUCCACCAGUGCAGACAAGGGCUAUAGUCUCCAGGGCUGGGUCUUGUCCCUCUUCUCCGCUGGUCCACGCUGGCAGCUCUUGGCUUCAGGCCUGCCUUCUGCCUCCCUUUGGGAUCUGUGUCUUCCAGGGAUCAGCUGCUUGGCUUCUGCUGGAGGUUCCUCCCUGUGGGGGCCCAGCCUACCUCCUGCUCUCAGUUCCUCGCCAGAGGCUGCUGCCCUUCCCAGCUGGGCUCAGGAGGCUCCUUGUAGGCAUAUGAUGGGGAGGGGCUGCCCCCACCCACCUCCAAGAGGCUGCAGCCCUGUGUCUGGCCAUGUGAGCCCUGGCCUUUCACCAGGGUUGCUGGUUUCUUCUCUGUGGGGCCCAGACUCCUGUAAAGCACACAAAUGUGGGCUGGUAAGAUGAAAAACUGUGGCCCGACAGGGCUUAACCCUGUGGGUGGUGGGAUUUUUAUCCAAGAGUUUGGCCUGGUGUGCCCACAAGAUGGGAGCAGGGAUGUACCAUCAACACUUGUCAUGUUAAUGAGCUUUUCUUUGCUCUAGGUAUUCAGAGACAAGUCCUGUUUCUACCUGGGUCAGCCUGAAAAUGGAAAUGUUGGCUGUUGACUCUUGUCAUUUAGUGACUUCAUUCCCCUCCCCUCAGUCUGAUCUUGUCUAAGUAGAAUCCAGGCGUUAGUUGGAAUCAUAUCAUAAGUAUCCAUAAAGAAAACAUCAUGAUCUGCCUUGGAUUGGGGAGAAACAGGUCCUCCCUGUCCCUGUGCAGCCCCCACUUUUGUCCUGGCUGUGGGUGGCCAUCCAUUUUGAGCACCUCUGCCAGGCUGCAGACCUGGAGGCGAAGGGAGUGUGGAAGAGGAGGGUGUAAGGGUUGAUGCGUGCUGAAUGGGAGGUGCAGGUCCUUGGUGCGUUGGCAGAAGAGGCUUCUGGAGUUUCGAGGCCAUACCUCCUUUCAAGAGGUUUGGAUUUGGGGCGACUUCCCUGGGUCUAGGGCAGUGUUCCUGUCCCCUGUCAGGCCAGCCCUGUGGAGCCACUCCACCCCUCUUCCCCUUCCCCUGGAAUUCCUGACAUAGAUGCUGUGUUCAUGUGCAGAUGUGAGUGUGCUGUCCUUCUGAUCUCUGUUAAUCCCGCUUUCCUACUGAGAGGGUGGUGGUCUCUUCUCACCUCGGUUUUUCUGACACAGCGAAUCGAGGGCUUUGGCCAAGGCCAGGUCUCUCAAACUUGUCCGCCAAGUAAACCGUGAUAUAUGUCUUCCCUUCCACCUUAACUUUGCCCCAACUCCUCUUUUAUCCUAAUAUGGACACUCAGAUUUCAGAGGAAUACCCAGCAGGGACAGGUCACCUCUCACCCGGAGAGUGAAGCCCCUGGCUGCUGCUCUGGGUGGCGCUGGUGUUGCUGGCUCAGCUCUUGGUGCAUGUUUCAGAUAUGCGUGCACACUUCUGACCGGUGGUCAGGGCCCAGCCCACAGCCCUGAGCGGCUGCAGCCUGCUUUGGGAUGAUGGUCAGGUCCCAUGUUGUCCCUGCUGCCUCCCUCUGGAGUGGCCACUUGGCCAAAGCUCCCAUCCACAUCUGGAAAGUCUGAGCCGCAGCCUGCUGCACCGUUUCCGCCCUGGGAUCUUGUGAGUUACUUUUUUAGGCUGUGGUUUGGUGAAAGGAACCAACACAUUAACGAUUUUUUCCCCCAGAAGCCACUGAAUAAUUCUUUUUGGUGUAUUUUUGCCUUCCUGUUGGCUGUCUGGCCUUGGAGCAGGUCGGGAGAGUGGAGUACAUAAUCAGUGCCACACAGAGGCAGGGUGUGUCUGAGAGACUAAUGCCUGUCAUGCCUCUGGCCUGUGUCCUGGGUGUGUAUCAUACCUGCUGGGCCAGUCCCACACAUUUCCACCCUGCCCCUGGAGCAGCAGCUUUGAUACCGUGGGUAUCCCUUGAGUCUGAGCUAGAGUGUGUCCCCGAUAAACUGUGAGACCUCCCUGUUCUUGGUGACCGCAGUUGGGCUUUGGCCCCUCCAGCAACCUUGUGUCCCAGCCCUGCCCUUCUUCCCACCCCCUCAGUCUGCUAGUCCCUGAAGCCUUUAACCAAACGGGAGUGGGCACAGAAAGCCUUCUCCUGGCAACAGGACAAGGGCUGCCCGCGUGUCCAGCCCUGUUGCUCUCCUGGCGCUGAGAGGUGGGUCCAAGCAGAGUUGAUCAGUCCCUGCCUGCCCUGCCUAGGUCUAGCCUGGGGAGGUUGUGUGUGUGGGAGAAGACCCCGGGAUCUGCUGGGGUGGGAUGGAGGUUAUUAAAGAUCUAAGUGAGGAGGGGCUGGGGUUUAGAUGCGGGGUGAGGCCCGAGCGCUCACACUUCGUGUAGGGCGGGCAGGGGCCUGACCUCUUGCAGGGCAGUGGCCUUGGUGCCCUAGCCCUGCCCUGCGCAGUAUUUAUUGCUAAAUUAUUGUCCAGGAGGGGCAGCACUGGGCCUGGCCCCCCGGGUAUUUAUUGCUGUACAUAGUGUAUGUUUGUGAUAUAUAAGGUUUUCUUUAUUUUGUAUAUGAUCAAUAAACCUUUUAAAGAGA